GGUAGUGCGUUUGGAGUUAGCCGCCUGUUGGUGCUCUAUUGUGGGGCAUGUGGCUCUGAGGCGCAGGGCUGUCUUCCUACUGACCCCGGACAAUCGUGGAAAAACGAAUCAAGUCGUUCCCGGGUUGGGGAUGUAAGAACCGGAAAGAUAACGGCAUGGAAGUGGAAUUAUGGAUCGUCGACUUCUUUUUGGAAUAAACGGCGAAUGAGUUUUUGAAAGACUAAGAACGGUUGAGUUUUGAUAAACGUUGAGCCACACAUCUGCAAUGAUGCGGGCUGUGGACAGGGUUCCGUCCACUGCCUUUCUUCUGUUUGUCGGAUAUCUGGUCUCAAAAGCUGCCUCUAAAACCUUGUCGGGGGACAAGGACGCUGAAGAGGUUACACUGAAGGUUCACCUCAGCGAUGCCAACACUCAGCAGCCCCUGGGACGGGCAGAUGUACAGCUAUUUACCAACCACUCUUUACUUACCACUGGAACCUCAUUGGCGGAUGGUGACACCUACCUGCGCUUCCUCUACCGACCCGGGACGCCAUUGAUUGUCACCGCAACCAAACAAGGCUAUGUGCCAAACUCUGUGCCUUGGACACCUUCCAGACUACCCGUGUUUUCAUCCAUCAGCCUCAAUCUUCUACCAGAAAGGGCUGCUACUCUGAUGGUUUAUGAGGAUGUGGUAGAGAUCCUUUCAGACUUCCAAGGUUUUAGGGCCCAGCCUGUUGUUCACUUCCAGCGCAGAGCUCUGAAUCUUCCGUCCAACUCAUCCUAUGCAAACCUGUCUGCUCUGCUCACUGUGACCAGCUCUCCCUCGCUCAUCCAAAGCUUUCCGCACUUGCAGAUUCUCAGCUCCAACACUACAGGAACGGAGAAGUUCUUUGAAUUGACUCCAGUCGCAGCAAUUUCAGUUCACUUAUUGGCCAGCGACGGAGCGGAGUUGCAGGUGAAUGAACCAAUCACAGUCGCUGUCCCACUACCAAGCGACAGCAUCCUGAAGGAAAAUGAUCACAUCCCUGCAUGGAGAUAUGAACCUCGUUUUGGUGCCUGGAUAAAGAGCAGCUUGGGCUAUGUCCGAAAGGAGGCCAAUCAACUGACUUUGACCUACAUUGCUCCUAAGCUGGGCUACUGGGUGGCAGCCAUGUCCCCUUUGCAAUCAGAUCCGAUUGUGGCGAAAGAUAUCAGCACUUACCACACCAUGUUUCUACUUGCCAUUCUGGGAGGAAUGGCUCUCAUCUUGCUUUGUCUCCUCUGUGUUCUUCUAUAUUUCUGCAGGCGUCGUUGUUUAAAGCCCAGGGGCUCUCACUGCAAGCUGACUGUCUCCUCUGGUCUGGACAGUAGCAGGAGGGACCAAGCCACCUCCAUGUCCCACAUUAACCUCAUCAGCAAUGAGCUUGAGCUGGUGUCGGUAGCUACUGAGCCAGACAUGACCACGCCGAUGCUGAAAUCGUGUUCCUUCGAGCGUCAAGACAAUCCACCGCAGCCAAGCCUUCUACGUCAGAGCAAACACAGCUGUUCGUCUACAUGCAACCAAGGCUCCUCUCUUGGAAAUCUGACGGCUCGCAGCAGGGAUCACCGCCAGUCUGCGGAGACCUUCCAACUGAAAGCUGCUCUCUCAUGCGGCGCUGACUGCGGCUAUCGUCAAUCAUUCACGUCCAUCUGCUCAUCUAGCAACCCAAUUUCUGAUAGACUGUCGCCGGUAAAUCACGGAAAAAUGAGCAGCAUUGGGAUGGUCAACUGCAUUUCCCCCUCGUCUCCCCCUCACACUCCCAGUCGUGGGGAUGGGAUUGAGUGCCGGGCCCCAGACUAUCUUCUCUCUCGAUCUGUGGACCACCUGGAGCGCCCUAAUCCACCAUCGCUUGUUCGGCCUGGGCAGCUCCUCUGUUGUGGAUCUGUGGAUUUACUCAGUGGGGGUGAAGGUUAUCCACGGGUGCGACCCACUUUGGUGAUACCUGCCCACUACAUGCGGCUACCAGGCGAACACCCUUUGUCUGGCCAAGCCCUCCUUCUGCAGACUGACCAGCAGAGCGACCUAGAGACCAUUCAGGCCGAGCUUAAUGCAGCUCAACCUCAGAACUCCGUUGGAAAGGCAUUGAAAGAUUCCUCCCCUGGUCCGACUAAACAUGGUGAUGGAGAGAACCUCGGCUUGUCUGAGUCCCUGUCAAUCCCAGCAGCACUUGGAGAAGCUGCUCUGGUGGAGAUCAACAGUGAGGACACGCUGCUGGCAGAAAAGACUUUGAUGGAGCUGAGAGGAGGAAAACCACUUCCUCAUCCACGUGCCUGGUUUGUCUCUCUAGAUGGGAGAUCCAAUGCACAUAUUCGACACUCGUACAUUGACUUACAGAGGGCAGGUUAUCAGGGCAACACACCAGCAGCAGGAGGCCAGGAAAGUCACACAAAAGGCAGGAGGCCAGGCAAUAGCAAUGAUGCCAGUCUGGACUCAGGUGUAGACCUAAAUGAGCCAAAAGCUAGUCGUAGUGGGAAAGAAGGAGAGCGGAGUAAGAGAGAUGUAGAGGACAGAUUGAAGGUCACCAAAACCUCUGUGGCUCAGCUGGUGUUUGUAGAUGAUAUGGAUGUCGCUCAGGGAGAGAUGUCCAAGUGUAGCACUCAAGAAAACAAACUUUCCCCUGGGCCUUCAGACAGACAGAUUCUAAGUCCUCCAGUUGAUCUUGUAGCUGUUGACGUGGAAGAUAAUCAAACCCCACAAGUCUCUCCAUCACCUUCGUCCUCUCCUGCUUCUCCUCAUUCACCAGCAGAGACUGAGCCUUAUAGAACUGAUCGUGAUGUGGUCUCCAUUUCACCUGAUGAAGCCCCACAAGAGGACAUGGAUGAUGAGAAGAAGAGCCCCUGGCAGAGGAGAGAGGAGCGACCACUGCUGGCCUUUAACCUGAAAUGAUGGCUUCUUUGCAAUGGGACAGUCACAUGGAGGCUUUACAGCAUUGAUUUUACCACUUGAGUGUGUGACCCAGAAACAUGUAUUCUCUUUUCACUUUUACUUUUCACAUGUACAACGCCAAUAGACGAUUAAUUGACAGAUGCCAGUAUGCAGCCAGGUGUGAGUGAGUCUUGUAACAUGAACCCCAUUCAAGCCAUAUUGCCCUCAAAACCCAAUCAGAAUCUGGGGUCAUGUUUGAGAGCCACUUUGUUCAAGGUUGUGUGUCUAGAAUGAUGCAGGUAAAUAUAAUCAUUUUUACAGAGUCAUGAGAUUGCUAGAGCCUUCUCGUACCUUUCUCGCGUGUUUUAGUUUUUAUAUUCAAGAUGCUUUUUUUUGUUUCAUUUUCUCUCCACUGAACAUUUCAACCACUAUCUGCACUGCAGUACUAUAUGAUGUGACACACUGAUGCUGGUUAGAGAGGAUGUAAUGCCACUAGUUGAUUGUAUUUUAACAAAAAUGCUUUUGUUAUAUGCCUUGUACAUUUUGUUAUUUGACCAAUGCAUCACUUUUAUAAGCCAGCUUGAGAUGCAGUUUUUACCGGUUUGUUUUGAUGAUUUUUACUUUAUUUUCCCUUCACUUCUUUAACUAGAGCUUAUUCAGCAUAUGCCUUGUUGUUCUGGACACUCACUUAGCCUGAAACCAAAAUGUUUUUCUUGCUGUUUUUUCAUUGCUUCCAAGUGCCUUUUAAACAAAUUGACUCAUUUUAUUUAUUCCUCGCCUUCUAUUGCCUUUAGCUUCGUCUCCUCUACCUCAGUGUAUAGUUUUCUCAUGCACUUGUGAAAGAAACAGCCGCAGUCUUUCUCCAGUUAUGCAAACUCCACUGCAGCAUUUUCUUGAAAACAUCUGCUCGCUGCUGCAGUUGCUACUCACUAAUCAACAAAGCACUAAGGUCACUGUGUAGAUGAACUGUACCAUGCAAUAUGCUGAGUCAUGUUAUGCAUCUGGUUGUUUUUUUUAUGACUUUUUUUUUUUUAUCUUGGUUCAACACCAUAUAACUUCAGCAGUCAUACUCGUGUGUAUUCUUCCCCCCCCAAAACCUGGCGUGAAAUGUCUUCUUAUUUUUGGAUUGAAGUGAGAAAACAUUAUCUUUGGUGUGUUUAUGGGUUGCCAUAGUGAUUUGAUGCUCCUCAUUAUAAAUAAACCGCCAAUUCACAAA